GGAGCAGAACACCUUAAACCGGGCAUUGUGCACCGUUUGGCCAAUGCAGAUCUAUAUUGCUCUGCAUUGGCUAACAUCUAUGGAGAUCCAAACUUCCACAACUUGAGUCACUGGAAUAUCAUCCAAGCACUGGCUAGAAAAGGGGUUUAUGUCGCUGAGCCUACAGAUGUUGCUCUUACUGAAACUGUCCUUAUCCAGGUCUCACCCAUCAAAAUGUCUGCCCAUUUAGCUGUGAUAGAAGCCAUGAUGGCCCUGUAUAUUCGAGAAGUGGUGGUGGCAGAACGGGCAGUGUCAGUGUUACAGCGUGUAAGUGGAGGAGAGCAACCAGAGCGCACACCCCAAGACCAGGAGGAAGCUCUGGUCCUGUGGAUCAAUCAUAUAGCCCAAGCUCUACAGGAACGUGUUCAUCAACAAGUUCAGAGUCAGGACCAGGAGUUGCCAGUAUUUCCACGCAUCCAAGACCUAAGUGACCUGAGUGAUGGGAUUGGCUUGGCUGCUCUUAUAGCCUUCUACUGCCCUCAGGAACUCCCAUGGGGGGAGAUAGCUGUGGCUGAUCCACCCUCUAUUGCUGACUCACUGUACAAUAUAGGCCUGGUAAUUCGAUUCUGCCAAGAAAGCCUUCCAUAUAACCCUUGUCUCCUAACCAAAGAAGAUAUUGUAUAUAUGCACAGCUCUGUGAAACAGAAUGUGUUGGCCUUUGUAGCAGAGCUGUUUUUCCUGCUUGAGUUGGAGCCUGUUUCUUGUGUGUCAUUGCCAGGCACCAGAAAGACUUCAUCCAAAUUUAUACAGCUCUCAUCACCAGGUGGUGGUGGAUGCAGCGGUUGGAGUGGGUACCAGCGAAGUAUGAAGGUCAUCCCUGACCUUCGUGCAAGUCUUUCUCCCUCUUCUGCCCACUCCACCGCCUCGUCCUCAUACUCCUCAGCCCGGUCUUCCUCUCACUCACAGCAGCGAUCUCCCUAUUCCACACUCAGAGGUCGGGGAGGAGUCAAAUCCCCAUCCUCAGGGGAAAGCGGAUCGGGAUCGGGAUCGGGAACAGGGACCGGGGUGAGAAGACAACAGUCCCUGACAGAACGCGACCGACCACGCAAGGAGAGAAUCUCCAUCCAUGAGGCUAUGAAACCUGCUGGGGCACCAAGUGUAAGAAGAUCACAUUCCAUGAACCUCAAUGACAUGGCUGAUAUGAGAUCAAGAAUGGAGCUGCGAAGUGAGAGGUCUGAGCAUGCACCAUCGUCUUACAACAGCGAUUAUGGAGGCAGAGAUAGUUCUAUGAGUGAUGGACAAGAAGGAGACUUUGUUGUGCAGCGUUCCCGUGGAUUAGCCACACUUAGUGACAUGAUGCGAACUCAACAGUCUCCUCGGGCUUCACAGGAUUUUGAACCACACUAUUCAUCAAGAGGUGCUGCCAAAGAAAGAUACAACAUGGACAGUAAGGAGGAAGAAUUGGGAGAGAGGAGUAGAGGCCUCGUUCGUCGUGGGAGUUUCACAAACUCUCAACCAGACCUACCAGCAGCAGGCAUGCCUUCCAGAUAUGAGGAAAGACCACAUGGCCGAUCGAGAUCACGACGCAAUUCAGUUUCUGCUGAGGAUUCACAGUUAACUAUAGAAAACUUUGGUGGGAGCCAAGACAAUUUGAAUUACAUUUCUAGAAAUCCUGAUAAAGAACCAUUUGUGCAUACAGGGAGAAGAGAAAACACAACAUGGGAAGGGUCACAAGCCAGGGAAUCUCGCGAAGGAAGUGCAAGGCCAGAAUCUCGUGGUAGUCGAGAACGAAGUGUUGAAAGGCGAAGAGAAUUUGAACGUAGUAGCAUUGAUGAACUUGAUAACCGUUUAAUUGACAAGCUAGAAAGAGAAGCUUUAGAGCGAGAAAAGCGUGACUCUUCACAAUACACAAGUAAAGAAAAAUUAAUUGCAAGGGACCCAAGGAAAAAUGCAGUAGAAGCUUUGGACUCUGGCAGUGAAAGUGACCUUUCCUUUGAUAGAGAAAAAAUGUCGAAAGCUACUAGCUUUGCUGAACUUUCCAAGUUAAAAGAACAGCUUCCAGGUGGUAUUAAUAUUAUAUACAUGCAAUCUGAUAAAGAAGACACAACCAAGCGAAGUAACAAAGGACCAGAGAAGAAAACUACUUUUGCUGCUCUCCCUAAUCAGACAACUUGGAAACAGCAGAGUGCACAGAGUCAUGCAGAUGAUAACAAGUCUGUUGGUGAUGAAAAUAUGGAACCUCAGAUAAUGGCUUCUGAACUGCACAAUGUUAGAUUGAAAUUAGAAGAGAAAAGAAGAAGAAUAGAGUCAGAGAAAAGGAAGAUGGAACAAGCAAUGAAUAAGCAGAGACAAAAGCUUGGCAAAGAGGCUUUCAUGCAGGCUGUUGUGAAAGGGGGUAAGGGGUCUUCCACUGGAUCCUCAACCCCCACAACAUCCGAGCCUGAGGCUUUAGACGUCAUGGUAGAUUCAGUGGAACAAUCUUUGCCAAAACCUUCUCUUACCAGCACAGCUACUCGGCCUAAUACAGACUUAUCGCUAAAGGUAACAGAUAUCGGUUCAGACGUAAACAAUUUAUCACGCCGAUGGUUAGAAGGAGAAGGCCAGGCUGAUGAAUUACGCACACCAGACAUCGAUAAUAUGGACUACGAUGAGUACCAUAAAUCUCUUACACAUGGGGAGAGUGAUUUGGAGGGCUCUCGACGCUCUUCCAUGGACCACCCACCUGCUGUACAGAUGCGGAGGCUGUCCACCUUACCCAGAGAUCCUCGAGACUCCAGAGUUGACCUGCGACGGAUGAGCCUUUACUUGGAGCCUGGUACCUGGCGGCUGCCCAGUGACCGAGCUGCACUACCUCCAUCACAUCCUCGUCGUUUCUCCAUGGGCCCAGACUCUUAUACACAACCUUACAGGAUGACAGACUCCCUCACUGAGAUCCAGGGCGACAUCCAGCGACUGGCAAACCAACAGCAGCAGAUCCAGAGCAUGAUGCACAAUGGCAUGACUCCCCAAACUAAUCAAGGGAUGCAACAACCUCCUCCUCAUGGCCAGUUUUAUCUUCAUGAUCAAACCAAAAUCUGGGCAUUAGGCUUUCUGCAGUGGCCACUUCUGUGUGAGCCAUAUAGACCCAGGCCACAUGAAAACUUGCGUUUAGUAUCAAGACUGUCUCCCCAUUGUAGGAAUAAGAGUCUGAGCAUGGGAAUGAUGUCCACUCUCAUGCCGGUGCUCUUCCAACAAUGGCUCAUGAUUAAGUCUAAGCUCCUCCAAGAGCUUUGUGCACUCAUGGAAAGUCAUAUACUGGCACCUGAACCCUCAGCUAAAUUCUUAAUAUUGGCACAUUCCCAUCACCCAGGCCCUCAGUGA